AUGAGCUUAAAAAAUUAAGAAAUUGAUCAAUAAUAAGAUGAAAGACAACAAGUCUAACCAUAUAAUUGGAAAAAAUAAAUAAUAGAAGAGAAAAAUUUAGAAUAUUUUGAUAAUUACUAAUUCUAUAAUAAAGGUAGGGAGUUUAAUAAAAGAAAUUACGGAGUGACAGUUGAUUACAAAUUUGGGAAGGUAAUAUUAUCACAAGAUUUUUUGGAGAGCCAACAAAUACAGUUUUAUAUGAAUUUGUUCAAGAAUGUAUAUAAAAAUGUUAAAUUGGCUGCAGCAUCUUGCCAUUUUUUUUAAGAAUUUUGGACCUAAUAAGCGGAAGAUAUAUAUUUAAGAAUAAAUCCUAUUAAUACCUAAUUAAUUUCGAAUAAUCAAUAUUAAUAAUAAAAUACAUAGUUGGAUUACCAAUUGAGAUUGAAUAAUCAAAAUGAAUUUGACAAAGGAUCUGAAGUAAUUAAGAAUGAAAGCAAAUAAUAAUGGAAGAAUAAUAAUUCAGAAGGAAAUAUUGAAUAAAAAAAUGAAAAAAUUUAAACUGAGAACUAAUAAUAGAAAGAUAAUAAUAAUUCAGAAGGAAAUGUUUAGUAAACAUCUGAAAUAACCAAGAAUGAAAACUAAUAAUAGAAAGAUAAUAAUAAUUCAGAAGGAAAUAUUGAAUACAAAAAUGAAAAAAUUUAUACUGAAAACUAAUAAUAGAAAGAUAAUAAUAAUUCAGAAGGAAAUGUUUAGUAAACAUCUGAAAUAACCAAGAAUGAAAACUAAUCGUUAAAAGAGAAUAUUAAUUUAGAUGGAAAUGGUGAAUAAACAAAUGAAAAAAUUUAGAAUGAAAACUUAGAAUAGAAAGAGAAUAAUAAUUCCGAUGGAAAUGUUUAGUAAACAUCUGAAAUAACCAAGAAUGAAAACUGA